GUUGCCAUGGGAACAGGACUCCGGGGGGCGUGGCUUACGAAUUGUCAGUCGGCGAUGUUUUCAGAGGAGCGGACCGAGGAAGUGACGGGGUGUGUGGCCGCUUCUGUCACGUGGUGUCUGUGUUUCUUAGUUCCCAGCAUGCAUCGCUGGUAAACAGGAAUGGCGGAUGAGGAAGGGGAGGAAGAUCCCGGUUUAAAUAACAUGGGCAACCAGCUGCAGCUUAUCCCCGAGAGCGAGGAAGAUGACGACAUGGAGAUGGAAGAUCCUGAUGGAGGAGACCAGGAAGCACCUAAUAUCAUCAAUUUUGAUACCAGCCUACCUACGUCUCAUGCAUACCUGGGAGUUGACAUGGAGGAGUUUCAUGGAAGAACAGUACAUGACGAUGACAGCUGUCAGCUGAUCCCGGUGUUACCACAUAUACAAGUGAUGUUAAUUCCAGGCCAGACCCUGCCGCUACACCUCUCCAGACCACAAGAGGUCAGCAUGGUGCGGGGCCUCAUCCAAAGGGACAGGACAUUUGCCGUGCUAGCCUAUAGUGAAGGCCUUCAGAGAGACGCUCGCUUUGGGACGACUGCAGAAAUCUAUGCAUAUCGUGAGGAGCAGGAGUACGGCAUUGAGACAGUCAAAGUGAAAGCCGUUGGACGUCAGCGAUUCCAAGUCCUGGAAAUAAGAACUCAAGCAGAUGGGAUCCUGCUUGCUCGGGUCCAGAUUUUACCAGAGCGGGUCCUGCCAUGUCCAAUGAUAUCCAUCCAGCUGGAAUCUCAGAAUCGCCAUCAAGUUUUUCCAAGCAGUAAAUCACUGAGCAGUCGGAGUCCACAGAGCACCUUUCAAUGGCUGCAUAAGUACCGCAGGAGGAAGUUUUAUGGUGCCAAUUUGACGUCAUGGCCAUCGUGGCUCUACGCCUUGUACGACGCUGAUUCUCUCAUGGAGAGGGUGAAGCGACAGCUGCAUGAGUGGGAUGAAAAUCUUCGGGACGAUUCUCUGCCUGCUAAUCCUAUAGAUUUCUCAUAUCGUGUUGCGGCCUGUCUGCCCAUUGAUGACACGCUGCGUAUCCAGCUACUGCAGAUCGGAAACGCCAUCCAGCGACUGCGCUGUGAGCUGGACAUCAUGAGCAAAUGCACAUCUCUUUGCUGUAAACACUGUCACGACACUGAGAUCACAACCAAGAAUGAGAUUUUCAGUCUCUCCCUUUGUGGCCCCAUGGCUGCCUAUGUGAAUCCCCAUGGCUAUGUACAUGAGACCCUGACUGUCUACAAAGCCUUAAACCUGAACCUGGUGGGCCGUGCAUCCAUAGAGAACAGCUGGUUCCCAGGGUACGCCUGGACAAUCGCACAGUGCAGAGUAUGUAGCAGCCACAUGGGGUGGAAAUUCACGGCUGUACGGAAGGAUUUAUCCCCUCAGAGAUUUUGGGGUCUGACCCGUUCAGCUCUGCUACCUCGAAUUCCAGUGCCAGAUGAGGAGGAGGCGAGAGAGGAUCAGUCCACGAUUCUUUGUUUAUGAUUGGCACAUAUCACCGCUAUGCUUUGUCUCCUGCCCCCCAGAUAUGCCAUAGAUUUGGGGGGGUGCAGCCCCCUGCAUGUGACACCUUUUAUCUGUGGUUAAGAGGAGGAUCUGUCCUUGUGUGCAGGGAUGGAGCAGAGAGCACAGUCCUGGUGCCUGCUCCUGAGCUCACCUCAGACCCGCACGUCCACUUCUGAGGCUUUUACCUGCGCUACUCCGUGACACUGAUUAUAUUGUGAUACUUACUAGCCCUACAUCAGACGCUGAGUUAUAUGGCUGUCCUGACUUCAGCCCCACAACUGUGUCUGGUCACUAGAGUCAGUCUUCUGUAAAUACCUCUUAAAGGGGUUCUCCGGUGCUUAAACAUCUUAUCCC